AUGAGUUUACCUACAAAAAGCACCUUAGUUGCUGUUAACGAACCACCAACUUACGAAAUCAAUGCCACUUUUGAUCAACCUGAAUCAACUUUCAAAAUUGUCGAAAAAGAAAUCGGGGAAUUACAAGAUGGUCAACUUUUAGUUAAAAAUUUAUACUUAUCCAACGAUCCUACCCAAAGAGGAUGGAUCACCAAAAACCCAAACAGAGAAGCUAUGUAUGUUGAACCAAUUGGUGCCAACGAUAUCAUGAGAUCUUAUGGUUUAGUUGAAGUUUUAGAUUCUAAAUCUGAAACUCACAAAGUUGGUGAUAUCUACAUGGGUACCACCUACUGGGGUGAUAACGUUGUUGUUCCAGCUUUAUUCUUAUCCCUUAAAGUCGAUAAAUCCGUUCCAUUACCAUUAACUGCUUAUGUUGAUUGGGUUGGUGGUACUGGCUUAACUGCUUAUUUCGGUUUAUACGAUGUUGCUCAAUUAAAGAAAGAAGAUGUCUUAGUUGUUUCAGGAGCUGCUGGUGCCACUGGUGCCAUGGUCGUUCAAAUUGCCAAACAUCUUAUUGGUGCUAAAAAGAUUAUUGGUAUUGCCGGUGGUCAAGAAAAAUGUGAUUUUGUUAAAUCUAUCGGUGCUGAUGAAUGUGUUGAUUACAGAUCAAAAGAUUUCUCCGGUGACAUGAAAAAAGCUUUAGGUGAAGAUCAAGAAUGUGAUGUCUACUUUGAUGGUGUUGGUGGAGAAAUCUUAGAUCAAAUGUUUUCAUUUGUCAAAAGAAGAACCGGUGUUGUUGUUGCUUGUGGUGCCAUCGCUGGUUAUAAUGAUAGCUCUAAAUUAUGGGUUAAAAACUGGGGUCAUAUCAUCACCAGAAGAUUAAAUGUUAAAGGUUUCAUUGUUACCGAUUACUUAGGUGAAGCUCAAAAAGCCAUCCAAGCUAUUGUUGGUGGUGUUAAAGCCGGUAAAAUCAAAGUUGAUAACACUCUUCAUUUAGAAGAUCUUUCAAAAGAAUCAGAACCUCUUAAACAAUUACCAACCAUCUACAACAAAUUAUUUAAUGGUGAAAAGAAAGCUGGUAAAUUAUUAACCAAAUUAGCUGACCCAAUCAAUUAG